AUGGAUUCUGCGGUCUCUGUUGACAGUACAUUCUUGGGGGAAGACGCAUGUAUAUCUGACUGGAUGCAGGUGACUGAGAAGGACUCGGAAAACAAUCAGAUUAAUGAGGAAGAUCCUGAUGCCAGAAGUAAUGCAGUUAUUCUUUGGAGGAGAUGUGAGUUGCUUACUGCGAAACCAGCUCAGGAGCUGGCUGAGCAGCUACGUCUUAUUUUGGAACCCACACUUGCUAGCAAGCUCAGUGGUGAUUACAGAACGGGCAAAAGGAUCAACAUGAAAAAGGUUAUUCCAUACAUAGCAAGCCACUACAGGAAAGACAAAAUUUGGUUGAGGAGGACAAAACCAAACAAGCGUGAUUACCAGGUUGUUAUUGCUGUGGAUGAUUCACAUAGCAUGUCGGAAGGUGGAUGUGGUGAUUUUGCAAUUAGGGCUUUGGCAACUGUGUGCCGAGCUAUGUCACAGCUUAAGAUGGGGAGUUUGGCGGUUGCAAGUUUUGGGAAGAAAGGAAGCAUAAAGAUGUUGCAUGAUUUUGGUUUAACAUUUGAACAAGAAAAUCAAAUUGAAGAUGAACCAGUCGCCAAUCUGCUGAGAAACAUGAAUGUCAUGCUUGAGAAAUUGGCCAGCACAAGCCCACAGUCUUACGGGAGCAACCCUCUUCAACAACUUGUACUAAUCAUCGACGAUGGUAAGUUCCAUGAGCGAGAGAAACUGAAACGAUCUGUGAGAAAGUUUCUCCAGCAGAAGCGUAUGGUGGUAUAUCUACUUCUCGAUAACCGGGAACAAUCCGUUCUGGAUUUACUGAACUUCGUUGUAAAAAAUAACACUCUAGAGAAAACGGCAUAUAUGGAUUCCUUCCCCUUCCCAUACUACAUUGUGCUGAGAGAUAUCGAAGCCUUACCUACAACACUUGGCCAUGUCUUGAGCAGUGGUUAG